UGUGGCACUCACAAGACCACCACCUCCAGUACUUGAUACGGCAUCUUUCUGCAAGUGGUCCUGACGCUUCUGUUGGGGUGAGCUUUCCAAGGUGUAGAGAAGCGUGUAUGGAGCAGAUGAGUAGCACACGGCUGGCUAGUGGCCACGAGGUGGUCCACAUGAGCGAGGAGUGGCUGGCUAGGAUGGGUCAAGACCAGACACUCUAUAACAACGGCAUGGUACGCCUCCUGCCCGACGGCUGGCUCUAUCCUACACUCUUCACAGAAUAUGCUGAAAGAAUAUAUAACUUCAAGUUCAGGUCCAGCGAUGUGGUGGUGAUGACGAUGCCUAAGUCUGGGACGACAUGGAUGCAGGAGGUGGUGUGGACGAUGCUUCACAACCCAGACCUUAACCAUCCACUCGCUGGUGAACCCAUCUAUCACCGCUCUCCGGAAAUUGACCUGGAUAUGAUCCUCGAUGGUAAAGGUCUGGAGGGUGUGAGUAUUGACCACUUCAUAAAAGCCUUCCACGAAGUGUGUCCAGGGAGAAAGAUUGAAGACGGGAUGGCUUUCCAGAUGUGUGAGUUAAUGCCUGACCCGCGGGUUAUGAAAUCUCAUCUUCCCUUCGCUCUUCUCACUCCUCAUAUCCUCGAACAGACGAAGGUGAUUUACGUGGCCAGGAGCCCCAAGGACGUGGUGGUGUCCUACUACUAUUUCUUCCGCGUGAUGAAGCUCUUCACUUACACCGGCACCUUCGAGAGCUUCGUGAAGCAUUUCAUGAAUAAUGAUUUAAUCUACACCCCGUACUGGCCACACGUGAAGCAGGCCUGGCAGAGGAGGGAUCAUCCCAACAUGUACUUUGUCUUCUAUGAAGAGAUGAAGUCAGACAUCAUGACACAGCUACGUCGACUCAAUGACUUCUUAGGUUUAAAUCUCACUCAGAAGCAACUUGACAAUGUUGCUCACCAAAGCUCCUUCAACUCCAUGAAAGAGCGAGGGGAACCCAUCAAGGAUAUGGAAGCAUUUAUCCCUGAUAAGCACAAGAAGUUUGGAGGAUACUUCAGGAAAGGUAUCGUAGGUGACUGGAAGAACCACUUCACACCAGAACUGGAGCAGGAAAUGAACCAGUGGAUUGAGAAACAUGCUUCUGAGAUUGGCAUUACCUUCAAGUAAACUACUGACAACACCAGCACUAUAUGCCGACCUCUGCUCCACCAGCAACAUUAUUUCCCACCUCUACACUACCAGCAGCACUGUCUCCACACCUCUGUACCACCAGCAGCACUGUCUCCGCACCUCUACACCACUAGCAACACUCUCGACACCGCUGCACCACCAGCAACACUCUCCACACCUCUGCACCACCACCAGCACUGUCUCCACACCUCUACACCACUAGCAACACUCUCCACACUGCUGCACCACCACGCAGCACUGUCUCCACACCU